AUGGAUGAGGUUCUUGGCGCGAAAAUACUGGAAGUUCGAUGUUCAGAAUCUGAUAUUGAAGAAGGUGAAAUUCUUUCACCUAAGUCUUCUUUAAAUGCAUUACGCAAACAAUCUGCUGAGAAAUCUGAAUUCAAUGAGUGGUUAAAUGUUCUGAAUAGUGGAGUAAAACAGCAUCACUCUGUAAAUGAUAAAUCGAAUUUGGAUAACAGAGUUUCUUGGGCUAAAGAAAUUGAAGGCAAUAAUAGAUCAAUUGCUACUGAAAUUGAGAAGGAAUGUAACAAAGAAGUAACUAAUAAUAAUGGAAUUGCAUUAAAGAUUCCUGAAACUGACUUUGAAGAUGUAUCUGAUGAAAUUGAAUAUUGGAGAUUUGUUGUGGUCUGUUAUAUUUUGGGGGCUAGUCCGCCACAACAUGUCAUGGAAGGUUUUCUAAAACGAAUUUGGGGGAGGCAGGGGAUUGAUAGAAUUGUAGUAAUGGGGAAUGGUAUAUACAUGGUUAGAUGUGAUAAUCAGGAGGUACAGGGGAGAAUUCUGGAGGAAGAGUGCCAUUUCUUUCAUGAUAAACCACUGGUUGUUCAAUCUUGGAAGCCAGAUAUUGAUUGGAGUAAGAAGAAUAUAGAUAAGGUGCCUAUAUGGGUGGAGUUACAUGGGUUAGAUGUUAAAUACUGGGGGGCUAGGAGUCUGCGAAAGAUAGUGGGAGUGAUUGGGACGUUUAUGAAACUGGAGGAUUCACAAAGGAAUAAUCUACUCUAUGCAAAAGUAUUAGUUGAAGUGUGCAUAGAUCAGGAUUUUCCAGAUGUCAUUCUGUUUAGGAAUGAACAUGGGCAAAUUGUGGAGCAGAAGGUGUACUAUGCUUGGAAACCAAUAAAAUGUACUAGUUGUAAUGGGUAUGGCCAUAAGUAUGAGCAGUGUCAUAAGCCUAAGAAGGUUCAGCAGGUGAGGAAGACAUGGGUGGUGAAACAGUCAAAUAAUGAUCCAGUAAGGCAGUCUGUAAGAUCUCAGGAGGGUAAAAAGGAACAGCAUGGGGGUAUACAGGUUAUGGAUGCUCAGUUGAAUAUUUCUCAGGCUCAGAAACAGGUGGUUGAUACUAGAAAGACUAAUGGGGAGGAGAUCACUAGUACUGAAAUUAAUAAUAGUUUUGCUUUGUUAUCUGAGGCUACUACUGAUGAAUUGUUUUAUGAGGUGGAGACCAAUGUUAUUGAAGAGAUGCAGGGGGGGCUAAACAGGAGAGAUAAGCAACUGGAGGUUAAGCACUUCAUUUCUAGGCAGAAUGUUGCUCUGUUUGGCCUUCUGGAAACCAAGGUGCAAGGCUUUAGAGAUUGUGUUCAAUUUUGUGGGGUCAAUGACAUUAAGCAGGCUGGAAGAUUCUUCACCUGGAAUAACAAACAAGAAGGGUUUCAGAGGGUGUUUUCAAAGAUUGAUAGGGUGAUGGCUAAUAAUGAAUGGCUGGAAGCUUUUGAAAAUGGUUUGGUUACUUAUCUUCCGGAGGGGGAAUAUGAUCAUUGUCCAGGGGUUCUUUGUAUACACAAAGAAAGUAGUGGGAAAAAACCUUUUAGAUUUUUCAAUAUGUGGGUAUAUAGGGAUGGUUUUAUGGAGUUAGUAAAGGAUGUGUGGCAGAGACCUAUGAAUGGGUGUAAGAUGUUCCAAGUUACCCAAAAGUUGAAGAUCAUGAAAGCAGAAUUGAAGAAGUUUAAUAGAGAAGGUUUUUCUGACAUCCAAGCUCAAGCUCAUCAUGCUUAUAACCAGAUGAUUAUGAAGCAGAAUAUUGCUCAUGAGCAAUUAAGGGAAGUUGCUAGUAUUGAGGAGGAAAGGAAAGCUACUGAGGAUUAUAAAAGGGCUCAAGCUAGAUAUUUGAGCUUCUUAAAACAGAAGGCUAAAGAAAGAUGGAUAGAGAAAGGGGAUGAUAACACAAAACUCUUCCAUCAAUCUAUUAAGGCCAGGAGACAGCAAAACAAGAUUUAUGCCAUUCUAGAUAAUGGGGGUCAAUGGCUUAAUGAAGAGCAUCAGAUCAAGGAAGAUUUUGUUUCUUUUUAUGAUGGUUUACUGGGUACUAAAAUGGGUGAAAGGUGUACUAUUCAUCAGCAGAUUAUUAGGAGAGGGCAUGUCCUUUCUGAUGAACAGCAGAGCUUAUUGUAG